AUGGGGGGAGGAGUGACCACAUGCGAAUCGCGUGAUCCCACGACCUGCCACUCAUCUCUGCCACUCAUCUCUGCCACUCAUCUCUGCCACUCAUCUCUGCCACUCAUCUCUGCCACUCAUCUCUGCCACUCAUCUCUGCCACUCAUCUCUGCCACUCAUCUCUGCCACUCAUCUCUGCCACUCAUCUCUGCCACUCAUCUCUGCCACUCAUCUCUGCCACUCAUCUCUGCCACUCAUCUCUGCCACUCAUCUCUGCCACUCAUCUCUGCCACUCAUCUCUGCCACUCAUCUCUGCCACUCAUCUCUGCCACUCAUCUCUGCCACUCAUCUCUGCCACUCAUCUCUGCCACUCAUCUCUGCCACUCAUCUCUGCCACUCAUCUCUGCCACUCAUCUCUGCCACUCAUCUCUGCCACUCAUCUCUGCCACUCAUCUCUGCCACUCAUCUCUGCCACUCAUCUCUGCCACUCAUCUCUGCCACUCAUCUCUGCCACUCAUCUCUGCCACUCAUCUCUGCCACUCAUCUCUGCCACUCAUCUCUGCCACUCAUCUCUGCCACUCAUCUCUGCCACUCAUCUCUGCCACUCAUCUCUGCCACUCAUCUCUGCCACUCAUCUCUGCCACUCAUCUCUGCCACUCAUCUCUGCCACUCAUCUCUGCCACUCAUCUCUGCCACUCAUCUCUGCCACUCAUCUCUGCCACUCAUCUCUGCCACUCAUCUCUGCCACUCAUCUCUGCCACUCAUCUCUGCCACUCAUCUCUGCCACUCAUCUCUGCCACUCAUCUUCUGCCACUCAUCUCUGCCACUCAUCUCUGCCACUCAUCUCUGCCACUCUCUCUGCCACUCAUCUCUGCCACUCAUCUCUGCCACUCAUCUCUGCCACUCAUCUCUGCCACUCAUCUCUGCCACUCAUCGCCUGCCACUCAUCUCUGCCACUCAUCUCUGCCACUCAUCUCUGCCACUCAUCUCUGCCACUCAUCUCUGCCACUCAUCUCUGCCACUCAUCUCUGCCACUCAUCUCUGCCACUCAUCUCUGCCACUCAUCUCUGCCACUCAUCUCUGCCACUCAUCUCUGCCACUCAUCUCUGCCACUCAUCUCUGCACUCAUCUCUGCCACUCAUCUCUGCACUCAUCUCUGCCUCCUGCCACUCAUCUCUGCCACUCAUCUCUGCAUCAUCUGCCACUCAUCUCUGCCACUCAUCUCUGCCACUCAUCUCUGCCACUCAUCUCUGCCACUCAUCUCUGCCACUCAUCUCUGCCACUCAUCUCUGCCACUCAUCUCUGCCACUCAUCUCUGCCACUCAUCUCUGCCACUCAUCUCUGCCACUCAUCUCUGCCACUCAUCUCUGCCACUCAUCUCUGCCACUCAUCUCUGCCACUCAUCUCUGCCACUCACUCAUCUCUGCCACUCAUCUCUGCCACUCAUCUCUGCCACUCAUCUCUGCCACUCAUCUCUGCCACUCAUCUCUGCCACUCAUCUCUGCCACUCAUCUCUGCCACUCAUCUCUGCCACUCAUCUCUGCCACUCAUCUCUGCCACUCAUCUCUGCCACUCAUCUCUGCCACUCAUCUCUGCCACUCAUCUCUGCCACUCAUCUCUGCCACUCAUCUCUGCCACUCAUCUCUGCCACUCAUCUCUGCCACUCAUCUCUGCCACUCAUCUCUGCCACUCAUCUCUGCCACUCAUCUCUGCCACUCAUCUCUGCCACUCAUCUCUGCCACUCAUCUCUGCCACUCAUCUCUGCCACUCAUCUCUGCAACUCAUCUCUGCCACUCAUCUCUGCACUCAUCUCUGCCACUCAUCUCUGCCACUCAGCUCUUGCAACUCAUCUCUGCCACUCAUCUCUGCCACUCAUCUCUGCCACUCAUCUCAUGCCACUACAUCUCUGCCACUCAUCUCUGCCACUCAUCUCUGCCACUCAUCUCUGCCACUCAUCUCUGCCACUCAUCUCUGGCCACUCAUCUCGGCCACUCAUCUCUGCCACUCAUCUCUGCCACUCAUCUCUGCCACUCAUCUCUGCCACUCAUCUCUGCCACUCAUCUCUGCCACUCAUCUCUGCCACUCAUCUCUGCCACUCAUCUCUGCCACUCAUCUCUGCCACUCAUCUCUGCCACUCAUCUCUGCCACUCCAUCUCUGCCACUCAUCUCUGCCACUCAUCUCUGCCACUCAUCUCUGCCACUCAUCUCUGCCACUCAUCUCUGCCACUCAUCUCUGCCACUCAUCUCUGCCACUCAUCUACUGCCACUCAUCUCUGCCACUCAUCUCUGCCACUCAUCUCUGCCACUCAUCUCUGCCACUCAUCUCUGCCACUCAUCUCUCCACUCAUCUCUGCCACUCAUCUCUGCCACUCAUCUCUUGCCAUCUCUCUGCCACUCAUCUCUGCCACUCAUCUCUGCCACUCAUCUCCUGCCACUCAUCUCUGCCACUCAUCUCUGCCACUCUCUCUGCCACUCAUCUCUGCCACUCAUCUCUGCCACUCUCUCUCUGCCACUCAUCUCUGCCACUCAUCUCUGCCACUCAUCUCUCCACUCAUCUCUGCCACUCAUCUCUGCACUCAUCUCUGCCACUCAUCUCUGCCACUCAUCUCUUGCCACUCAUCUCUGCCACUCAUCUCUGCCACUCAUCUCUGCCACUCAUCUCUGCCACUCAUCUCUGCCACUCAUCUCUGCCACUCAUCUCUGCCACUCAUCUCUGCCACUCAUCUCUGCAGCUCAUCUCUGCCACUCAUCUCUGCCACUCAUCUCUGCCACUCAUCUCUGCCACUCAUACUCUGGCCACUGAUCUAUGCCACUCAUCUCUGCCAGCUCAUCCUCUGCCACUCAAUCUCUGCCACUCAUCUCUGCCACUCAUCUCUGCCACUCAUCUCUGCCACUCAUACUCUGCCACUCAUCUCUGCCACUCAUCUCUGCCACUCAUCUCUGCCACUCAUCUCUGCCACUCAUCUCUGCCACUCAUCUCUGCCACUCAUCUCUGCCACUCAUCUCUGCCACUCAUCUCUGCCACUCAUCUCUGCCACUCAUCUUCUGCCACUCAUCUCUGCCACUCAUCUCUGCCACUCAUCUCUGCCACUCAUCUCUGCCACUCAUCUCUGCCACUCAUCUCUGCCACUCAUCUCUGCCACUCAUCUCUGCCACUCAUCUCUGCCACUCAUCUCUGCCACUCAUCUCUGCCACUCAUCUCUGCCACUCAUCUCUGCCACUCAUCUCUGCCACUCAUCUCUGCCAACUCAUCUCUGCCACUCAUCUCUGCCACUCAUCUCUGCCACUCAUCUCUGCCACUCAUCUCUGCCACUCAUCUCUGCCACUCAUCUCUGCCACUCAUCUCUGCCCACUCAUCUCUGCCACUCAUCUCUGCCACUCAUCUCUGCCACUCAUCUCUGCCACUCAUCUCUGCCACUCAUCUCUGCCACUCAUCUCUGCCACUCAUCUCUGCCACUCAUCUCUGCCACUCAUCUCUGCCACUCAUCUCUGCCACUCAUCUCUGCCACUCAUCUCUGCCACUCAUCUCUGCCACUCAUCUCUGCCACUCAUCUCUGCCACUCAUCUCUGCCACUCAUCUCUGCCACUCAUCUCUGCCACUCAUCUCUGCCACUCAUCUCUGCCACUCAUCUCUGCCACUCAUCUCUGCCACUCAUCUCUGCCACUCAUCUCUGCCACUCAUCUCUGCCACUCAUCUCUGCCACUCAUCUCUGCCACUCAUCUCUGCCACUCAUCUCUGCCACUCAUCUCUGCCACUCAUCUCUGCCACUCAUCUCUGCCACUCAUCUCUGCCACUCAUCUCUGCCACUCAUCUCUGCCACUCAUCUCUGCCACUCAUCUCUGCCACUCAUCUCUGCCACUCAUCUCUGCCACUCAUCUCUGCCACUCAUCUCUGCCACUCAUCUCUGCCACUCAUCUCUGCCACUCAUCUCUGCCACUCAUCUCUGCCACUCAUCUCUGCCACUCAUCUCUGCCACUCAUCUCUGCCACUCAUCUCUGCCACUCAUCUCUGCCACUCAUCUCUGCCACUCAUCUCUGCCACUCAUCUCUGCCACUCAUCUCUGCCACUCAUCUCUGCCACUCAUCUCUGCCACUCAUCUCUGCCACUCAUCUCUGCCACUCAUCUCUGCCACUCAUCUCUGCCACUCAUCUCUGCCACUCAUCUCUGCCACUCAUCUCUGCCACUCAUCUCUGCCACUCAUCUCUGCCACUCAUCUCUGCCACUCAUCUCUGCCACUCAUCUCUGCCACUCAUCUCUGCCACUCAUCUCUGCCACUCAUCUCUGCCACUCAUCUCUGCCACUCAUCUCUGCCACUCAUCUCUGCCACUCAUCUCUGCCACUCAUCUCUGCCACUCAUCUCUGCCACUCAUCUCUGCCACUCAUCUCUGCCACUCAUCUCUGCCACUCAUCUCUGCCACUCAUCUCUGCCACUCAUCUCUGCCACUCAUCUCUGCCACUCAUCUCUGCCACUCAUCUCUGCCACUCAUCUCUGCCACUCAUCUCUGCCACUCAUCUCUGCCACUCAUCUCUGCCACUCAUCUCUGCCACUCAUCUCUGCCACUCAUCUCUGCCACUCAUCUCUGCCACUCAUCUCUGCCACUCAUCUCUGCCACUCAUCUCUGCCACUCAUCUCUGCCACUCAUCUCUGCCACUCAUCUCUGCCACUCAUCUCUGCCACUCAUCUCUGCCACUCAUCUCUGCCACUCAUCUCUGCCACUCAUCUCUGCCACUCAUCUCUGCCACUCAUCUCUGCCACUCAUCUCUGCCACUCAUCUCUGCCACUCAUCUCUGCCACUCAUCUCUGCCACUCAUCUCUGCCACUCAUCUCUGCCACUCAUCUCUGCCACUCAUCUCUGCCACUCAUCUCUGCCACUCAUCUCUGCCACUCAUCUCUGCCACUCAUCUCUGCCACUCAUCUCUGCCACUCAUCUCUGCCACUCAUCUCUGCCACUCAUCUCUGCCACUCAUCUCUGCCACUCAUCUCUGCCACUCAUCUCUGCCACUCAUCUCUGCCACUCAUCUCUGCCACUCAUCUCUGCCACUCAUCUCUGCCACUCAUCUCUGCCACUCAUCUCUGCCACUCAUCUCUGCCACUCAUCUCUGCCACUCAUCUCUGCCACUCAUCUCUGCCACUCAUCUCUGCCACUCAUCUCUGCCACUCAUCUCUGCCACUCAUCUCUGCCACUCAUCUCUGCCACUCAUCUCUGCCACUCAUCUCUGCCACUCAUCUCUGCCACUCAUCUCUGCCACUCAUCUCUGCCACUCAUCUCUGCCACUCAUCUCUGCCACUCAUCUCUGCCACUCAUCUCUGCCACUCAUCUCUGCCACUCAUCUCUGCCACUCAUCUCUGCCACUCAUCUCUGCCACUCAUCUCUGCCACUCAUCUCUGCCACUCAUCUCUGCCACUCAUCUCUGCCACUCAUCUCUGCCACUCAUCUCUGCCACUCAUCUCUGCCACUCAUCUCUGCCACUCAUCUCUGCCACUCAUCUCUGCCACUCAUCUCUGCCACUCAUCUCUGCCACUCAUCUCUGCCACUCAUCUCUGCCACUCAUCUCUGCCACUCAUCUCUGCCACUCAUCUCUGCCACUCAUCUCUGCCACUCAUCUCUGCCACUCAUCUCUGCCACUCAUCUCUGCCACUCAUCUCUGCCACUCAUCUCUGCCACUCAUCUCUGCCACUCAUCUCUGCCACUCAUCUCUGCCACUCAUCUCUGCCACUCAUCUCUGCCACUCAUCUCUGCCACUCAUCUCUGCCACUCAUCUCUGCCACUCAUCUCUGCCACUCAUCUCUGCCACUCAUCUCUGCCACUCAUCUCUGCCACUCAUCUCUGCCACUCAUCUCUGCCACUCAUCUCUGCCACUCAUCUCUGCCACUCAUCUCUGCCACUCAUCUCUGCCACUCAUCUCUGCCACUCAUCUCUGCCAUCAUCUCUGCCACUCAUCUCUGCCACUCAUCUCUGCCACUCAUCUCUGCCACUCAUCUCUGCCACUCAUCUCUGCCACUCAUCUCUGCCACUCAUCUCUGCCACUCAUCUCUGCCACUCAGCUCUGCCACUCAUACUCUGCCACUCAUCUCUGCCACUCAUCUCUGCCACUCAUCUCUGCCACUCAUCUCUGCCACUCAUCUCUGCCUCACUCUGCCACUCAUCUCUGCCACUCAUCUCUGCCACUCAUCUCUGCCACUCAUCUCUGCCACUCAUCUCUGCCACUCAUCUCUGCCACUCAUCUCUGCCACUCAUCUCUGCCACUCAUCUCUGCCACUCAUCUCUGCCACUCAUCUCUGCACAUCUCCACUCAUCUCUGCCACUCAUCUCUGCCACUCAUCUCUGCCACUCAUCUCUGCCACUCAUCUCUGCCACUCAUCUCUGCCACUCAUCUCUGCCACUCAUCUCUGCCACUCAUCUCUGCCACUCAUCUCUGGCCACUCAUCUCUGCCACUCAUCUCUGCCACUCAUCGUCUGCCACUCAUCUCUGCCACUCAGCUCUGCCACUCAUCUCUGCCACUCAUCGCUGCCACUCAUCUCUGCCACUCAUCUCUGCCACUCAUCUCUGCCACUCAUCUCUGCCACUCAUCUCUGCCACUCAUCUCUGCCACUCAUCUCUGCCACUCAUCUCUGCCACUCAUCUCUGCCACUCAUCUCUGCCACUCAUCUCUGCCCACUCAUCUCUGCACUCAUCUCUGCCACUCAUCUCUGCCACUCAUCUCUGCCACUCAUCUCUGCCACUCAUCUCUGCCACUCAUCUCUGCCACUCAUCUCUGCCACUCAUCUCUGCCACUCAUCUCUGCCACUCAUCUCUGCCACUCAUCUCUGCCACUCAUCUCUGCCACUCAUCUCUGCCACUCAUCUCUGUCCACUCAUCUCUGCACUCAUCUCUGCCACUCAUCUCUGCCACUCAUCUCUGCCACUCAUCUCUGCCACUCAUCUCUGCCACUCAUCUCUGGCCACUCAUCUCUGCCACUCAUCUCUGCCACUCAUCUCUGCCACUCAUCUCUGCCACUCAUCUCUGCCACUCAUCUCUGCACCUCAUCUCUGCCACUCAUCUCUGGCCACUCAUCUCUGCCACUGCAUCUCUGCCACUCAUCUCUGCCAAUCAUCCUCUGCCACUCAUUCUCUGCCACUCAUUCUCUGCCACUCAUCCUGCCACUCAUCUCUGCCACUCAUCUCUGCCACUCAGCUCUGCCACUCAUCUCUGCCACUCAUCUCUGCCACUCAUCUCUGCCACUCAUCUCUGCCACUCAUCUCUGCCACUCAUCGUCUGCCACUCAUCUCUGCCACUCCAUCUCUGCCACUCAUCUCUGCCACUCAUCUCUGCCACUCAUCUCUGCACUCAUCUCUGCACUCAUCUCUGCCACUCAUCUCUGCCACUCAUCUCUGCCACUCAUCUCUGCCACUCAUAUCUGCCACUCAUCUCUGCCACUCAUCUCUGCCACUCAUCUCUGCCACUCAUCUCUGCCACUCAUCUCUGCCACUCAUCUCUGCCACUCAUCUCUGCCACUCAUCUCUGCCACUCCAUCUCUGCCACUCAUCUCUGCCACUCAUCUCUGCCACUCAUCUCUGCCACUCAUCUCUGCCACUCAUCUCUGCCACUCAUCUCUGCCACUCAUCUCUGCCACUGCAAUCUCUGCCACUCAUCUCUGCCACUCAUCUCUGCCACUCAUCUCUGCCACUCAUCUCUGCCACUCAUCUCUGCCACUCAUCUCUGCCACUCAUCUCUGCCCACCUGCAUCAUCUCUGCCACUCAUCUCUGCCACUCAUCUCUGCCACUCAUCUCUGCCACUCAUCUCUGCCACUCAUCUCUGCCACUCAUCUCUUGCCACUCAUCUCUGCCACUCCAUCUCUGCCACUCAUCUCUGCCACUCAUCUCAUGCCACUCAUCUCUGCCACUCAUCUCUGCCACUCAUCUCUGCCACUCAUCUCUGCCACUCAUCUCUGCCACUCAUCUCUGCCACUCAUCUCUGCACUCAUCUCUGCCACUCAUCUCUGCCACUCAUCUCUGCCACUCAUCUCUGCCACUCAUCUCUGCCACUCAUCUCUGCCACUCAUCUCUGCCACUCAUCUCUGCCACUCAUCUCUGCCACUCAUCUCUGCCACUCAUCUCUGCCACUCAUCUCUGCCACUCAUCUCUGCCACUCAUCUCUGCCACUCAUCUCUGCCACUCAUCUCUGCCACUCAUCUCUGCCACUCAUCUCUGCCACUCAUCUCUGCCACUCAUCUCUGCCACUCAUCUCUGGCCACUCAUCUCUGCCACUCAUCUCUGCCACUCAUCUCUGCCACUCAUCUCUGCCACUCAUCUCUGCCACUCAUCUCUGCCACUCAUCUCUGCCACUCAUCUCUGCCACUCAUCUCUGCCACUCAUCUCUGCCACUCAUCUCUGCCACUCAUCUCUGCCACUCAUCUCUGCCACUCAUCUCUGCCACUCAUCUCUGCCACUCAUCUCUGCCACUCAUCUCUCAUCCUCUGCCACUCAUCUCUGCCACUCAUCUCUGCCACUCAUCUCUGCCACUCAUCUCUGCCACUCAUCUCUGCCACUCAUCUCUGCCACUCAUCUCUGCCACUCAUCUCUGCCACUCAUCUCUGCCACUCAUCUCUGCCACUCAUCUCUGCCACUCAUCUCUGCCACUCAUCUCUGCACUCUCUCUGCCACUCAUCUCUGCCACUCAUCUCUGCCACUCAUCUCUGCCACUCAUCUCUGCCACUCAUCUCUGCCACUCAUCUCUGCCACUCAUCUCUGCCACUCAUCUCUGCCACUCAUCUCUGCCACUCAUCUCUGCCACUCAUCUCUGCCACUCAUCUCUGCCACUCAUCUCUGCCACUCAUCUCUGCCACUCAUCUCUGCCACUCAUCUCUGCCACUCAUCUCUGCCACUCAUCUCUGCCACUCAUCUCUGCCACUCAUCUCUGCCACUCAUCUCUGCCACUCAUCUCUGCCACUCAUCUCUGCCACUCAUCUUGCCACUCAUCUCUGCCACUCAUCUCCUCGCCACUCAUCUCUGCCAAUCAUCUCUGCCACUCAUCUCUGCCACUCAUCUCUGCCACUCAUCUCUGCCACUCAUCUCUCGCCACUCAUCUCUGCCACUCAUCUCUGCCACUGCAUCUCUGCCACUCAUCUCUGCCACUCAUCUCUGCCACUCAUCCUCUGCCACUCAUCUCUGCCACUCAUCUCUGCCACUCAUCUCUGCCACUCAUCUCUGCCACUCAUCCUCUGCCACUCAUCUCUGCCACUCAAUCUCUGCCACUCAUCUGCCCUCUCUCUGCCACUCAUCUCUGCCACUCAUUCUCUGCCACUCUCUCUGCCACUCAUCUCUGCCACUCAUCUCUGCCACUCAUCUCUGCCACUCAUCUCUGCCACUCAUCUCUGCCACUCAUCUCUGCCACUCAUCUCUGCCACUCAUCUCUGCCACUCAUCUCUGCCACUCAUCUCUGCCACUCAUCUCUGCCACUCAUCUCUGCCACUCCAUCCUCUGCCACUCAUCUCUGCCACUCAUCUCUGCCACUCAUUCUCUUCCACUCAUCUCUGCCACUCAUCUCUGCCACUCAUCUCUGCCACUCAUCUCUGCCACUCAUCUCUGCCACUCAUCUCUGCCACUCAUCUCUGCCACUCAUCUCUGCCACUCAUCUCUGCCACUCAUCUCUGCCACUCAUCUCUGCCACUCAUCUCUGCCACUCAUCUCUGCCACUCAUCUCUGCCACUCAUCUCUGCCACUCAUCUCUGCCACUCAUCUCUGCCACUCAUCUCUGCCACUCAUCUCUGCCACUCAUCUCUGCCACUCAUCUCUGCCACUCAUCUCUGCCACUCAUCUCUGCCACUCAUCUCUGCCACUCAUCUCUGCACAUCUGCAUCUCUGCCACUCAUCUCUGCCACUCAUCUCUGCCACUCAUCUCUGCCACUCAUCUCUGCCACUCAUCUCUGCCACUCAUCUCUGCCACUCAUCUCUGCCACUCAUCUCUGCCACUCAUCUCUGCCACUCAUCUCUGCCACUCAUCUCUGCCACUCAUCUCUGCCACUCAUCUCUGCCACUCAUCUCUGCCACUCAUCUCUGCCACUCAUCUCUGCCACUCAUCUCUGCCACUCAUCUCUGCCACUCAUCUCUGCCACUCAUCUCUGCCACUCAUCUCUGCCACUCAUCUCUGCCACUCAUCUCUGCCACUCAUCUCUGCCACUCAUCUCUGCCACUCAUCUCUGCCACUCAUCUCUGCCACUCAUCUCUGCCACUCAUCUCUGCCACUCAUCUCUGCCACUCAUCUCUGCCACUCAUCUCUGCCACUCAUCUCUGCCACUCAUCUCUGCCACUCAUCUCUGCCACUCAUCUCUGCCACUCAUCUCUGCCACUCAUCUCUGCCACUCAUCUCUGCCACUCAUCUCUGCCACUCAUCUCUGCCACUCAUCUCUGCCACUCAUCUCUGCCACUCAUCUCUGCCACUCAUCUCUGCCACUCAUCUCUGCCACUCAUCUCUGCCACUCAUCUCUGCCACUCAUCUCUGCCACUCAUCUCUGCCACUCAUCUCUGCCACUCAUCUCUGCCACUCAUCUCUGCCACUCAUCUCUGCCACUCAUCUCUGCCACUCAUCUCUGCCACUCAUCUCUGCCACUCAUCUCUGCCACUCAUCUCUGCCACUCAUCUCUGCCACUCAUCUCUGCCACUCAUCUCUGCCACUCAUCUCUGCCACUCAUCUCUGCCACUCAUCUCUGCCACUCAUCUCUGCCACUCAUCUCUGCCACUCAUCUCUGCCACUCAUCUCUGCCACUCAUCUCUGCCACUCAUCUCUGCCACUCAUCUCUGCCACUCAUCUCUGCCACUCAUCUCUGCCACUCAUCUCUGCCACUCAUCUCUGCCACUCAUCUCUGCCACUCAUCUCUGCCACUCAUCUCUGCCACUCAUCUCUGCCACUCAUCUCUGCCACUCAUCUCUGCCACUCAUCUCUGCCACUCAUCUCUGCCACUCAUCUCUGCCACUCAUCUCUGCCACUCAUCUCUGCCACUCAUCUCUGCCACUCAUCUCUGCCACUCAUCUCUGCCACUCAUCUCUGCCACUCAUCUCUGCCACUCAUCUCUGCCAAUCAUCUCUGCCACUCAUCUCUGCCACUCAUCUCUGCCACUCAUCUCUGCCACUCAUAUCUGCCACUCAUCUCUGCCACUCAUCUCUGCCACUCAUCUCUGCCACUCAUCUCUGGCCACUCAUCUCUGCCACUCAUCUCUGCACUCAUCUCUGCCACUCAUCUCUGCCACUCAUCUCCUGCCACUCAUCUCUGCCACUCAUCUCUGCCACUCAUCUCUGCCACUCAUCUCUGCCACUCAUCUCUGCCACUCAUCUCUGCCACUCAUCUCUGCCACUCAUCUCUGCCACUCAUCUCUGCCACUCAUCUCUGCCACUAUCUCUGCCACUCAUCUGCUGCCACUCAUCUCCCUCAUCUCUGCCACUCAUCUCUGCCACUCAUCUCUGCCACUCAUCUCUGCCACUCAUCUCUGCCACUCAUCUCUGCCACUCAUCUCUGCCACUCAUCUCUGCACUCAUCUCUGCCACUCAUCUCUGCCACUCAUCUCUGCCACUCAUCUCAUGCCCUCCUCUCUGCCACUCAUCUCUGCCACUCAUCUCUGCCACUCAUCUCUGCCACUCAUCUCUGCCACUCAUCUCUGCCACUCAUCUCUGCCACUCAUCUCUGCCACUCAUCUCUGCCACUCAUCUCUGCCACUCAUCUCUGCCACUCAUCUCUGCCACUCAUCUCUGCCACUCAUCUCUGCCACUCAUCUCUGCCACUCAUCUCUGCCACUCAUCUCUGCCACUCAUCUCUGCCACUCAUCUCUGCCACUCAUCUCUGCCACUCAUCUCUGCCACUCAUCUCUGCCACUCAUCUCUGCCACUCAUCUCUGCCACUCAUCUCUGCCACUCAUCUCUGCCACUCAUCUCUGCCACUCAUCUCUGCCACUCAUCUCUGCCACUCAUCUCUGCCACUCAUCUCUGCCACUCAUCUCUGCCACUCAUCUCUGCCACUCAUCUCUGCCACUCAUCUCUGCCACUCAUCUCUGCCACUCAUCUCUGCCACUCAUCUCUGCCACUCAUCUCUGCCACUCAUCUCUGCCACUCAUCUCUGCCACUCAUCUCUGCCACUCAUCUCUGCCACUCAUCUCUGCCACUCAUCUCUGCCACUCAUCUCUGCCACUCAUCUCUGCCACUCAUCUCUGCCACUCAUCUCUGCCACUCAUCUCUGCCACUCAUCUCUGCCACUCAUCUCUGCCACUCAUCUCUGCCACUCAUCUCUGCCACUCAUCUCUGCCACUCAUCUCUGCCACUCAUCUCUGCCACUCAUCUCUGCCACUCAUCUCUGCCACUCAUCUCUGCCACUCAUCUCUGCCACUCAUCUCUGCCACUCAUCUCUGCCACUCAUCUCUGCCACUCAUCUCUGCCACUCAUCUCUGCCACUCAUCUCUGCCACUCAUCUCUGCCACUCAUCUCUGCCACUCAUCUCUGCCACUCAUCUCUGCCACUCAUCUCUGCCACUCAUCUCUGCCACUCAUCUCUGCCACUCAUCUCUGCCACUCAUCUCUGCCACUCAUCUCUGCCACUCAUCUCUGCCACUCAUCUCUGCCACUCAUCUCUGCCACUCAUCUCUGCCACUCAUCUCUGCCACUCAUCUCUGCCACUCAUCUCUGCCACUCAUCUCUGCCACUCAUCUCUGCCACUCAUCUCUGCCACUCAUCUCUGCCACUCAUCUCUGCCACUCAUCUCUGCCACUCAUCUCUGCCACUCAUCUCUGCCACUCAUCUCUGCCACUCAUCUCUGCCACUCAUCUCUGCCACUCAUCUCUGCCACUCAUCUCUGCCACUCAUCUCUGCCACUCAUCUCUGCCACUCAUCUCUGCCACUCAUCUCUGCCACUCAUCUCUGCCACUCAUCUCUGCCACUCAUCUCUGCCACUCAUCUCUGCCACUCAUCUCUGCCACUCAUCUCUGCCACUCAUCUCUGCCACUCAUCUCUGCCACUCAUCUCUGCCACUCAUCUCUGCCGCGCGCUCAUCCGUUUACUAUCUUUCCUAAGGCAUCUUGCCGCCUCCUAAUGCCAUCUUUCCGUCUAUGGCGUAGUCCCGCCCCGAUUCGUCCGGCCCGUUAUCCUCGCUAUAGUAGUCCUCGUCAUAGUCCGCAUCGGAUUCAGCAACAGACGACGGCGCUACAGGGGGGGAAACGGGACGAGGAGGAGUUCGACUAA